AUGUCAUUUUCCGACUCACCAGCUCCGACUCACCGUCUCGCUAAGCUAUGCACCUGGAAACGCGAGUGGCUGAAAGAUGUCUUCGGCCUCAAGUCCUCAAAGAAGACGGUCGAUGCCAUCCAGCUCGAGUCAGGUCAGGCAAAACCUGGAGUGUUGGGCAAAAGCGGCAGCCAGAGCAGCACUCCGCAAGCCAUGAUUGUGGUCGCAGCGGAUGACAGCAAUCGUGGUGAGCUGAUGGAGUAUCGAACGUUGGCCAAUGCUUGUAGCAAUUGGUCGGAUGGUAAUAUUCUGGGCAAGGGUGCUGCAGCGACUGUCUAUCGGUGCAGCUUACCUCGCUUCGGGCAGGUGGCCGUUAAGCGCUUCCACCAGACGCCUGCAGGUGGUAUGGCGUACAACUUCGACCGAGAGUUAGAUGCUUUGUGCCAAUGUCGCCAUCCUCAUGUGCUCGAGAUCUUAGGGAGAUCACAAUCAGGACCUGAGCAGCUCAUCGUGAUGCCCCUGAUGGAGGGCGGAUGCUUAACCUCCGCCCUGCCGUUAAUGACCUGGGCCCCGCGCGCUGAGUGCUUCGGGCAGGUGGUCACAGCUGUAUCAUUCCUGCACGGCAAGAAGAUGGUUCAUCGAGAUAUCAAAAGUAGCAACAUCUUGCUGGACCGCAUGCGACGCCACGCACGCUUGGCCGACUUCGGUUUGGCCAAGGACCAGGUGAAGGGUUCUGUGCAUGGGACUACUGGCAUCGUUGUGGGCUCCCCCGGCUAUAUGGCUCCGGAACUCAUGAUGCGCCCGGCCAACGAGAAGACCGAUGCCUUCGCACUGGGCAUUGUGCUGUUAGAGAUCCUGACAGGGCAAGGUGCAUGGAACGAGGCUCGUGACGCGAUGGCCCUGGGUGAUGCUGCUGUCUCCGAUGGAGCCUUUCAGGUGUCCAUGCUGGAUCAUAGUGCUGGCUGGCCUGACUUGGAGGUACAAGUCCUUGGCAAUUAUGCCGUCUUAUUGACCUCCUUCGACCCCAAUCAACGCGUCACUUUGGCGUCCAUGGAAGAGUCCCAACCUUACAAGGCGACUGGGCAAAGGCGGGUCGGCACGGCGGAACCACAAGCGGUGGAGUCUGAAUCGCUUGUGGUUUCUGUCCGUUUUUGCUCGCCACACGCCGCUUGCGCGGCGCACGUGCACCAGCGGCGCUUCGUGGGGGGUGGCUUCCGUGUGAAGAUCUGCGCGCAAGUGGAUGAACUCUUGCGAGAGAACGCGCAACUCCGGCUGGAUCGUCCACGGCCUUUCGCUUCGCCGGGAGCUGGUCUGGGCAGUCCGGAGACACAGGAUCCCACCUUGGCUCGAGCUGAGGACUUGGGCGAACUGCGACGCCUUCAUGGAGAGGUCGCAUCCCAGCGUCGUGUCCUGGACCGAAUGGUGCAGAUGUUGUCUGCGGAUGCGGGCACGGCAGCAUUCGAACUCUUGAUAGAGGAAUGCCAACGUUUGUUCCAGCGUGUGGUGGCCAUGAAUGAUGAGAAUGCGGUGCUGAAAGUGCGGGUGGGAGAUGCUCCGAAAGAAGCCUUGCCCAACAACCUCCAGGAGGCUCACGAGGCGAAUGGUGUGCUCCGCUCCCGCCUGGAUGCACUCAGCGCCGAACUGUUCGCCACAACUACCUGGAAGGAAGAGGCAGCCAAGCGCCUCAAUCAACAAGCUACGGAGAUUGAGCAGUUGCGCCAGCGUUUAUCCAGCCUGUCACCGGAGAUGGAUGUACAGGCACUUGAAGAAGCGAUGAGACCACCGGAGGAUCAGUUGCGACACCAGUUGGAGCGUUCUCAACAGCAGAGGAGCAACUUAGAGAAGUUCCUCGCAGCACAGACCUCCCGAGUCGCCCAGCUCUCAGCGGACAUGGAGGAGCUGCAGCAACGCUUGCGCGAGGUGGUUUUCAGCAUGUCCGACGUCGUGGCACCCCCUGAGGCAGUCGUGCGAGAGAGGGUCCGCAUGGAAUUCGAGGAGCAGCUGCGACAGCAAGGUCUCAAGGUGCAGAAAGCCGAAGAGGAGAUCCAAAAUAGCUAG